CAAUGCCUAGAUUCAGUCGACAUCAGUUGUAGAUCACUUGAAAAUUAUAUUCAAGAGUGUCAAACUAUAUUUCAAACUAAAUUUUAUAUCAAAAUUAAUAUUUUAAAAAUUAAAUAAGAAAACUAAUUUUCAAAUUAUUUAUUGAUAUCGUUUUUUUUUUUUUUAACUGUCUGAUAAAAAAUGUCGGGACUGUCUCAUAUAAAUCUUAUAACAGAUGAUCCAAUUGAUUUAUUCUCAAGCUGGUAUGAAAAUGUGAAAACGUGCUCAACUGAAUUAACAAAUGUUUGUUGUUUUUCAACUAUUUCAUUAGAUAAUAAGCCUCGUUCAAGGCAUGUUUUACUUCGGGAAUAUGAUAAAACUGGAUUUAUAUUUAUGUCAGAUAACCGUAGUCGAAAAUCGAAAGAAAUUGCAAAAGAUAAUUCGGCAUCAGUUUGCAUCUAUUGGAUAUAUAAAAAUGAGAUAAAUGAAACAAUUUGGCGUCAGAUAAGAAUUGAAGGACACGUUGAAGAGCUUGCUCGAGAUAAAGUGGAACAAAUUUACAAUGACGAACCAUUGUACGCAAAAAUUCGUUCUCAUUUGUGUCACCAAGAUGCUGUUGUCGACUGGAAUCAAAUGAAAAAACAACAUGAUGAAUUAUUGAAAAAAGUUGAAGCCAAGGAAAUAUCUUUGGCGAUUCCAGAUCAUUUUGUUGGAUACAAAGUUGUGCCAAGAUGGAUGGAAUUUUAUGAAUCAAAAGAUUCAUUUAUUGCUGAUCGACUUGAAUUUAUAAAAAAUAUUAAUGAUGAUACCUGGAAAAAUCAGAGACUUGCUGCAUAAAAAAACAUGUGAAUUUUAUUGGCAUCGUAUAUCAAUGAUAAAUUAUUAUUAUUAAUUAUUGAUUAAUUAUUAUUAUUAUUUGAACAAUUAUUAUUAUCAUUGAUAAUAAUAAUUGUUCAAUUUAAAAUCAUAUAAUCAUACCCACAAAAAACAUUUUUCUAACAGAAAGUAAGAAUAAACACAAUGAUUUUAUAGUUACAAAUCUUAUGAAAAAGAGAAUAUUUAAUUAUGUAUUUAAUGAAAAAAAAAUAUAUAAAGUUAUUGAUAUUUCAAAUAA